AUGGUAAGGAAUGAUAAUGACCACAACCCCAUUCCCACACUCGCUCCCUCCCUCCGCAUGACUGACUGUCGGCCAGCCCGACGUGUUUUCACCGUAAUGUAAACUCGCUGGCUUAGAUACCUUCCCUCCACCUUCCCCCUCACCAUGCGCAUCCGUAUAUCAGACCAACAGUCUAUGUGUUAUUUACCUAUCAUGUUUAAUCCCUCUAGACCUAUCUCUGAUUGGACAAUUUACCUUAUUUUUUAAAUACGCAAUGACAGUGUGCAGUUGAAUAAGAGGUCAAGAAAUUUUAUGACGUCAAUAAAUCCUUCAGGUUUCGUCGCCUUUGCUUUUCCUAAAAGUAUGGUUUGCAACUGAGUGUACUGAAGCAAUGGAGUGUUUUGUUAACUUCUGUUAGAGUAAACCUUGACAAUGGAAUACUGGCAACCAUAAGGUAAAAGUGGCGGAGUAAGGUCACAGUGGGUGGGGAAUUUUGCCACAAACCCCUCGUGACCGCAAAGUUUCAAAUUUAACAGCCAUAAUUACUAGCUCUUCCAUCGCGGUCGACGUUUAUGAAAGUGGCAUGACCGAGUAGUGCUUCUGUAGGCCGGUAACAUGUCAGACAUGAUGACAAUCAAAUUUUCCGUAAGGCUGGACCAGUCGGAUACUAGAACUAAGACUUCUAAUAUCUUCCUUGCUUUUACAGACAGAAAAGAAGCACCUCCAGUCGCCGGACACAAUUAGGCUGUAUGUCUACACCAACCACGCAAGAGCCGUACAUUCCGUCUUUUGUGAACUGGUCCAAUCGACCAAUCUGCCGGAGAUUGAGCUUAGUGACAAUCAGGACGUAAAAAACCCCAAAAAAGAGCCUGGUUUAGAGCUCCUUCAUCGCACAAAGAAGGUUUCGCUGAAAAAGGAUUUCCCCAAAAGGUUUUCCUCAAAAGUGGGUGAAAGGUUUCCGCCCAGCAUGGACAAUUACGCACAAAACUCGGUGAAUCCAAACCUGGAUGACCUUGCAAAAAUGCCGGAGAGCAGCCGGAAAGCAGGUUGUCUCGUAGAGAUUCCUGUGCCAGCAGGUCUAGAUCCAGCCAUUGAAGCCGGCGAAACGAGGAUUCGUUACCAUUUACGCGUAUGUUUUGCGUUGCCAUUUGUUAAAACCUUUCCAAUUCGCGCCUAAUAUCUACCCUCAGAUUUACGUAGAUGAGACGCCUCCCCAGCUGUCAGUCAUCUACAGCUAAAUUUUGCUGAUUACGCAAGCCUCCGUUGCUACUUUAGAAUCCAAGCAAAUCGGUCUUUCAAAAAACAGAUGCCUUGCCUCGUUAGUCCAAAGAAAGUAAUCUUCAAUAAUUUACACAAAUGAAAUGUGCGAGCAUCCAUAGACAUUUUCUACAGGCGCCCUUUGUCUUAAUGCAUAAGGAGCAUAUUUGAGGGAUAGAAGCCCUACUCACACAGGAUAUGUCAUAUUAUUUAACCACGAGGGAUUUCACCGGCCUUUAAAUGAAAGACAGCCGGUUGACAAAUAACGGCGCAAAAAUAUUUCAGUUAGGUAGCUGUUUAAACUUUCUGUCAUCUAUCUUUCAGAUUCACUUAGACGUAAACGGGAAAAGGAAGCCUGAGAGCCCAGCUGAACUCCUAACAAUUUCGGAGGAACUUUUGCCUAACUACAAGAUUAAGUAUGUGGUGUUCACGGACCAAUAA